AUGCUGACCAACGACGACUUUCGGGCCAUGCUGCUCGACGAGUCGACGCCCUUCGAGCCGGGCGCCGCUUACCCGCGCAGCGUCCGCUUCGCGCACCUCAACAUUGCGCAGGAGCCGCCUUCGGAAGGCACACCGGGCGAGGGCGAGCUGCGCGGCGCCUUCGACACGGUCCUCUGCCUCUCCACCUCUAAGUGGGUCCACCUCCACUUUGGGGACGAGGGCCUCAAGUGCCUCUUCCGCCGCGUGCACGCCGCCCUCCGGCCGGGCGGCCUCUUCCUCCUCGAGCCGCAGCCGUGGUCGUCGUACCGCAAGAACGCCGGCCUCGCGCCGCACCUGCUGCGGAACUACGGCGCCAUCCAGAUCAAGCCGCCGCAAGGUCCUGGGUUUGCGCAAGGCGCGCGCGGCGGGGCGAAACGCCCGCUGCUGCUCUUCCGGAAGGGGGGGGUCUGA